GACCUGCCUUUCGCCGGCAGUGUGGACAGCCCAGGCCGCGACGAGCAUGACGGUGUGAGCCGUUUUGGCAGCAGCGCUCCGGGAUGUGUCUCUGCCCUGCUAUCAUCCUCCAGCACCACCCCUUCAUGGUCCGCACCCGGUUCAAAGCCUGGCUUGCUGCAAGCGCCAUCUAGCCUCAUGCAGGAGACCUUCGGAGAAACCAAAACUGCGGACAGGAACGUGAAGAGCCUCCUCAUGUCAUGUCUGAAAGGGCAGCAGGUCAUCAUCAAAAUGGAGGCCAUGAAGAUUAUCCACCCGGAGAAGUUCUCGGAGCUGCAGAGCUCCCAGUCACGCUACAUGCCGGCAGCCCGCCGGGACCCUCCCCUGGUCGCCAAGCGGGCCUGGCCUUCAGAAUCUGAGAUCAUCGUUAAUCAGGCCUGCGGUGACAUCCCAGCCCUAGACAACAAUCCAGGACCCCUGGGGCUAUCCCGGACCCCGCCCUUGCCCCGGCGCGAGAGGCCGUAUCAAGGGCAGCGCAAGGGCGGCUCCGACAUCUGCUACCACCGCCAAACGCCAGCCUCGGAUGAGGUGAUCGUCAACCAGUACGUCCUGCACCCUUCCACUCCGUGUGAACCACUGGAGUGCCCCACCUGUGGCCACACGUACAACUUCACCAACAAACGUCCACGCAUCCUCUCCUGCCUGCACUCGGUGUGUGAGGAGUGCCUGCAGAUCCUCUAUGAGUCCUGUCCAAAGUAUAAGUUCAUCUCCUGCCCCACGUGCAAGAGGGAAACGGUGCUCUUCACUGACUACGGGCUGGCCGCCCUGGCGGUGAACACCAGCAUCCUCAACAGGCUGCCGGCCGAAGCCCUCUCGGCCAACCAGGUGCAGUGGAGCAGUGAGACGGACCGCAGCUGCUAUCAGACCUUCCGUCAGUACUGUGGGGCAGCCUGCACUUGCCACAUCCGGAACCCGCUGUCUUCUUGUGCCAUCAUGUAAGCCACACGUUUCCGACCCUGCCCCUGGCCUGCCGCCCGAAGUCUUUCACCGGCCUCAGCAGUGGGACUGCAUGAGAGAGAACAGCGUGGCUUCCGUAGGCCCUGGGAGGUGCUGAAGCAGACCAGAAUA